AUGACUGAUCUGAGAGCAGAGGAUGCUGGGAAAUACUGGUGUGCAGUGAAAGAUGCGUUUAACCUUCCCAUUGAGCUCAUGAUCAUCACGAAGGACGCGGUCACUCAUGAAGCGUCUGUCGGAGGAUCAGCGUCCAUCAGCUGUAAACACAUCAGGAAUCAAGCACAGGGGUUGUUCUGCAGACGAGAUCAGCUCAAUAUCUGCGUCAGAGACGGAGUUCAUGUUUCAUCAAAUAACAGAACAAACGGCAGAUUCUCUCUGACUGAAGAAACCUCUGCUGGAGUCUUUACUGUGAAGAUCAGCAAUCUGAGAGCAGAGGAUGCUGGGAAAUACUGGUGUGCAGAGGAGAGUUCUGGGUCCUUCAUAUUCACUGAAGUUCAGCUACACGUGACCGGAGAAAUGACGACAUCUGACACCAAAAGAGAAACAUCUCAGGAAAAGACUGAAAUGACCUCAUCUGACACCAAAAAGGAAACAGUCCAGGAAACAGAAAAGCCUGAAAUGACCUCGUCUGACAGCGAAAGUGAAAAAGACCAGCAAAAAGCAAAGUCUGAUUUUCCUGUAGUAGUUUCUGUGGGUUUGCUCCUGCUGGCUCUGGUUAUAGUGUUAAUCUUACUCAAACUGAAACACAACAAACAUGGCUUAAUUUCCUCAACAGACAGAAGACAGACAGGGGAUCAUGAAACGACUCAAGAAGACAUUCAAGACGCCAGAGACCAUUCAGAUUCUGAAUCAAACCAUCUCUAUUCGACAGUCCAGUUACGCACAAACCCCUCUGAUUCAGAUAAUCUACUUUACUCCACAGUACAGUCACCCACAAUCCCCUCUGAUGGGCUCCUGUACGCUUCUGUCAGUUUCCAGAAGCAUGAAGAGUCUCUCAGUGACGCUACAGUCAGAUUCAGUAAAGAGGAGAUUCACUGUGAUUACGCAUCUGUCAGUCGCAACAUCUCGCCAAAUUAAUAUCACCACUGGAUUUUUGUUUUUAUAUACAACUUGAAUUGUGUCAGUCACUGAGCAAAAUGACUGAAUGACACAAUCGUUCAAUUUCAUCGAGCAAGUUAUUGAGCAGUCAGCGACACCGACAGGUCAGUGUUGGGAAAAACCUGAAAUGUUUCUCUGUGACUGAAGAAAACAUCACCCCUUACCCCUUGUUUACACUGCACAGGUCUGCGGCAUGUUACGGCUCCAGCAAGGUUUUGUUUCGUCCUUCACGCAGUUAACUCACACCAGGAGCAUUUCAUUACUGUUGGAUGCGUUAUCCGUCAAAAAUAGACUAGGCGCCUAUCUUUAGCGAAGCAGCGUGUAGAGCAACUUCUGGGACGCUUCAUAAGGGCUUUUUACACAGCACACUUCUGCGGUGUGUUACGGCUCCAACAUGGCCACGGGAGCUGAUCGCAGCCAUUGAAAUUUAAGGUUGAAUCAAGUAGAUGAAGCCAGGAUUAAGCCAACGUGAAAAAGGUCUUUCGCCAGCAUCUUAAACUAGCAUAUUUUUGGACAUUACAUGUGUUUUGCCUACUUAUUU